UUUGGUGGAGAGAGAUAUUAAACAAUGAAAGUGAAUGUGGAGAUAAUAACGGGGACGUUUAUUGAUACGGACGUGAGUGAAGAUACGACGGUCAAAGAACUGAAAGAGAAGAUCGCGGCGAAGGUGAAAUUACCGGUGACUCGUUUGAUACUUGUCAUCGGAGAUGAAGAGACGAGAAGGAUGGUGAUGGACGAUGAAGAUGACAUGAUGCUGAGAGAUUUAGGAGUGGGAGAAGAUUCUCAUAUGUAUUUGUUCUUUAAGCAUCCUGAUUUGGUUUCUGAGGAAGAGAGAUCUAAAGGAGAAGAUGAUGAUGAUGAUCCUAUGGAGGAGGUUUCGUCGGAAGCAGAGAGUCCAAGAGGAAACGAAGAAGAAGACGAAAAGCCAAAAAUAGACGGUGAAGAGAAGGAUCAAGCGAUGAAGGAUGAGGAAGAAGAUAGCGAUGAGAAAGUAGAAGAAGAUGAAGAAGCGAAGCAGAGUGAGAAGGAUGGUGAAGCAAAGGAUAAUGGUGAUGAUGAUGUUAAAGAGGAAGCAAGAGAGGUUGAAGAAGGAGAUAUUAAAGAGGAAAUCUAGGGUUUCUUGAUUUGAUAUGAGAUUUGUUUUAACAAUUCCAUUUUUAUUGUUUUGCAUUUGUGAUUAUCUUGUUAUAUUGUUUCUUGGUAUACAAGUAAACAAUCAAACAUUGUUUUAGGUGUCUUACCAGCAUAAUAAAAAAUUGAUUUUGUU